AUGUUGAGGAUUAUGUUUUUCUGCACCUCGCCACUGCUGCUAAUCGCGCUUGCAUUCAACCUCUUACCGGCGCAGGCAGAGCUGGUACAGGUGCGGCUUCAGUCAGGCCCUACCGUAGACGGGCGGUCAGUCUCCGGUAUCGAGACUUUUAACGGAAUUCCAUAUGCGGUACCGCCGAUUGGCUCUUUGCGUCUACGACCACCGCAACGACUGCCAAGCGACCAGAUUGACCGAGUCGAUGCUACGGGCACAGCUGCUGCUUGUCCGCAGCUCCUGCUUUCGCCGGCCGACGACACCAUCGUCGGCCAAAUUGGCGGUAAACUAUUGCAAGCCCACUUUCUCAGCAACCUGACGGGCCAAGAAGACUGCCUAACGGUUUCUGUACAGCGCCCUGCCAACACCAAGGCGGACGCAAAGCUUCCUGUACUGUUUUGGAUCUUUGGCGGGGGCUACGCAUUUGGCACAACGACAACGUACGAUGCGUCUUCCAUGGUUGCCGAGGGAGUGGCGAAUAGUCAACCAUUCAUCUAUGUCGCUGUCAACUAUCGCUUAAAUGGCUUUGGGUUUCUCCCUGGCGCCGAGGUGCUUGAAGAAGGCAGUGCUAACGUUGGCCUGCUCGAUCAGCGCCUGGCGCUGGAGUGGGUUGCUGACAAUAUCGAGCAGCUUGGCGGCGACCCGGACAAGGUCACCAUUUGGGGCGAGUCGGCGGGCGCGCAUUCGGUAUUUUACCAAAUGGCACUAUUUGACGGAAAUGCGACAUACAAAGGCAAGCCGCUGUUUCGUGCGGGAAUCCUCAACUCCGGCGUUGGGGUUCCAGCUGAGCCAAUGGAUGGUCCUAAAGGCCAAGCAGUCUACGACAAGGUCGUCGCAGAAGCUGGUUGCGGCAAAGCUGCCGAUACUCUGGCCUGCCUCCGAAAUUUGGACUAUGAAACCUAUUACAAAGCCGUCACGGAAAAUUUCAAUAGCGCAAUCUCCUUCUAUGGAACCAAAAUCUCGUUUUUGCCGCGGCCAGACGGCAGAACCCUACUGUUGAGUCCAGAAGAAGCAGCCGUCACUGGCCGCUAUUUCGCGGUGCCGAUCAUUGUGGGCAACCAAGAAGAUGAGGGAACAUUGUUUUCCCUUUUUCAGCGGAGCAUUGAAUCCGACGCUGAGCUAGUCGAUUACUUUGCAGAUAAUUACUUUGCAAAUCUCUCCAAGGCACAUCUCACCGACUGGGUCACGUCCUAUUCCGCCAGCAACAUGGGAAGCCCCUUCCGAAGUCCGAAAAUAAAUGGGCUUUACCCCAUGUUCAAGCAGAUUGCUGCCACCAUUGGCGAUCAAUCGUUUAUCCUAGCACGGCGGAAGUUUCUGGAGAGCCACAGUGCUGCAUACCCUGACGUGCCUGCAUGGUCAUAUCUCGCUUCCUACGCCCAUUACUUGCCAAUUCUCGGCACGACCCAUGCAACUGACCUUGCACAGGUAUUUUUCGGCUUGCCGCCAACCUUUACGACCAAAAGUACGCGACAAUACUAUCGUAACUUCCUCUACAACCUGGACCCCAAUUCAGGCGCAGAUGACAAUCUGUCCUGGCCGCUUUGGAGGGAAAACCGAACGCUUUUGUGGUUCGAGACGCUGUUCAAAAACAGCCAUCUCACGGACGAUUUCCGAAGCCGGCAGUAUGCGGCACUUUUGAAGCUUGUGGACGGCGCACGGCAGUGA